AUGUGCGCGUCCCCUCCGCCCAUAAAGCACGAGCCGGGGCGCGAGCCCGGACGGGGAGCCGCGGCUUCGUGCAGUCGGCCGCCCCCUUCCGGGGGGCCGGUGCCCGCACUGCGCGGCGGCCUCCGCACAUCCUCCUCUGCGACCGCGAACCGCGGCAGAGGCAGUGCGACUGCGGCGCGCACGCGCAGCACCAGCUCUGGGCGAGAAGGCUGCCGAGAGGACCGGACGACUGCGGCGUGCCUCGCGGCCAGCUCGCCCGCGGCGCUGCUCGCCCUGGGCGCCGUGGUCUUUUUUUUUUCUGGUCCGGGCGCGCCUCGUGGGGGGCACGGCGGAGAGACCGAGAUGACGUGA